CGCGAUGUUGUUCCGUGCGCAUCCCGAGUGCUGCGUCGUGGGCGAUAUGUCUCGGGCGGAUGGGGACGCGCGUGGGGGCACGGAGGGAGACGGCACUGCUGCUACCGGCCCCUUCAGCUUCAGUCCGGAGCCCACGCUCGAGGACAUCCGCCGCCUCCAUGCUGAGUUUGCUGCUGAACGAGACUGGGGCCAGUUCCACCAGCCUCGGAACCUCCUACUGGCCUUGGUGGGGGAAGUGGGGGAGCUGGCAGAACUCUUUCAGUGGAAGCCCGAUGAAGAGCCUGGCCCCCAAGCCUGGCCCCCCAGGGAACAGGCAGCCCUUCAGGAGGAGCUUAGUGAUGUCCUCAUCUACCUGGUAGCAUUAGCAGCCCGCUGCCAUGUGGAUCUGCCCCGAGCGGUGCUCUCCAAGAUGGACCUCAACCGCCGGCGCUACCCAGCACAUCUGUCCCGUGGCUCUGCCCUCAAGUAUACAGACUUGCCCCAUGGGGCCACCUCUGAAGACCAAGCUGUGGGGCCUGCAGACCGUGACCGUGAGUCCACAGGCCAGGCCUCAACCUAGAAACAUGGGCACAGGACUUUGCAACCCAGCAUGGCAUCUGAGAAGCAGAGUAUGGCCUGGCCAUGGAACUUUGUUCUAAGUCCUUUCCUAAUGGAUCAGGGGCCUUCGGACUUCCUAAGGCCUGUGGCCCGAAAACCUCCAGAAGACAGCCUCCUGUUAUUUUUUUCGCUCUCAUUAAAAGUUUUGGUUAGCAACUUCUAGAUUCUUCUUGGAGUGACUGGGGAGACUCUAUCUCAGCAGGUACUAGAGAGGGGCACCAGGGAUGCCUCUGAGCCCAGCUGCCAUGUUUCUCUUGGGUACCUCCCACCUACAGGGCAGAGAGAUCAGAUUUCCAGCAAGAUCCUGGUGUGGUGCCAUGCAAUUCCCUUAUCCCUUCUGGACCUCUACAGGAGAUUGGAAUCUAUAUGUAGUGUUGGAUAAGGGUCCAGAUUCUGGAGCCAGGCUGUCUGGGUUCAAAUGCUGUACUUUGAUACUUACGAGCUGGAUGAUGUUCAUCAAAUUACUUAAUCUU